AUGACGGACGAGACCAGCGAGGCCGACGGAAGAAGCACGCCACACGCUCCGCGGCCGGAGAAGCGGCGACGCAUUGAACGUGUCGUCGCGGCAUGUGAUCUCUGCAAAGCACGGAAGGUGAAGUGUGAUGGCGAGCUUCCGUGUGCGUACUGCCAGCGGAAGAAACGUGCUGAUACUUGCAUCUUCACUGCCCCGAAGCAAAGCACGGAUGUUGCCCGCAGGAGACGAACGUAUAGUGCUGGUGCUGAACGCAGACCGCGUACUUCGGAUGGCGUGGGCGAGUUUGGCGCUUCGCUCUCACGUACGGACAGUCGGGAGGACCAUCAGAAUGACACGGCUGUACCAUUAGAAGGUCGCAUUCUUCGGGAUGCACAGGGCAAGGUCAUCUUCAUCGGCGAUUGCGCGCCUCUUUCGUUCUUGCAAACCGUAAGACACCUGAUAGCAUCUGAGGUGGACGUCGAAGGCCUGGCAGUGGCUGCAUCCCGUGACUCGAUUAUCGAGGUAGCCAAGACCAAAAAGGCAGAUGGUCCUACGAGUCUUAUUGUAGACGUGCGUAAUGUGGAAAUGCUGGUCGGGGAGUACGUGGUUGCAGUCAGUGGUCUGGCAGACCUAUUCGAGCACACACAGCUGCUGCACGAAGUGAAGGCAUGGGCCAGUGGCUUCACAUCACACCAGAAUGUCACAUCUGCUGUACACUAUCUCAUCCUAGCCAUUGGCGCACAGCAAAGUAACGAGGUUCAAGCAGAGUCUUGGUUUGAGCAUGCCAAAGAUGUGCUACUCAAACACCUCACUACCAGUAUGACCCUCUCCACGGUACAAGGCUUCACUCUUGUUGCUGUCUAUAUGCUUCGCGCAUUUCAGCCCAACGGCGCGUACCUGUACUUCUCACUCGCCGCAAGAACAGCAUACGCCAUUGGCCUGCACCGCACAGAGGUCAAUGCUACUUAUGGUGCAGCUGUUCGAGACACAAGAGAUCGAAUCUGGAAAAGCUUGAGAGUGGUGGAUAUGCUCAUCAGUAACUUGCUGGGGAGACCUCCAUCAACCUCAGACGUGGAUUGCACAGUCAAAUAUGGCAAGCACGGCGUAGCUGAAGUCUCCUUUGGACAUUCACUGCACAUCAUUGAUGCAAGUGUACAGAUCUUCAUGAUCAUCGAACGUGUGGUAGUCGAGGUAUAUUCACGAAAACGAAUAUCACUUCGCAUCGCGAGCUAUGUCUCGCAUCAGCUCAAAGGGUGGGCAUCGAUCUGGCUGCGCUUCUUAUCAGACAGAACCGCGGCAUCGCCAUUCUCGACUGGUGUGGGCGAUCAAGAUACUUUCUCACGAGAAGUCGUCGUUGGCGCCUGCUCGACAUUAUGUUCGUACUACUAUGGCAUCAUGUUACUCACCAGACCAUUCUUGAUUUACGAGCUAUACGAGUACAUGGGCGCAUCACUCAAGGCGCCGGGCACACACAACGAACACCAGGAGAAGCGCAAAUACGCCGAUGCCGCUCUUGAUGCCGCUACGUCCUUUGUGGAGACGUUGGAGGUUGUUCUCAAGUCGAAUCAUAUGCCUCAAAGGAUGCCACUGGUGGUAUCCUGGCUUUUCACCACCUCACUUGUGCUUGCCGUUGGUAUUCUGGGACGUUCUGGUACGGCUUUUGAAGACCACUGCCGAGCCUCGAUAGCAUGUCUGGACUAUUUUGCAGAAGUUGAUCCACAUGCCCGGCAGUAUUCCCUUGUCGUUCAAGCAUUGCUCAAGACUACGACGACCCAUGUCAAGGCUCGUGAACUUCGUCUUCGCAGUCAGAGAAAGCAAGCAUCAUCACAGUUGUUCGGCUUACUGCCCCUGGACAACGAGAUACCAGCAGCACAGCAAUCGCAGCUCGAUCAGGAUGCAUCAGAUGCUCUCGAUCGUCGCCCUUCUACUAUUGGCGCUCUCGAAAACUCUCAUGGACAGGAUGCUUCGACUGAAACGGCGAUACCUGACUGGACCAUCUAUGAUGCCGACUUCUUCGCCCUGCCCUGGCUCAAUGAGAGCGAUCAAGGCCUGCAAGACUUUCUGCAGCCUGGAAGACAUACCUUGGACGGCGAGAAUCUGGCCGAUAUACCUCUGUUUCCCAUGUAUGAUCAGAUGGGCGGAAGUUUCAUGUGAUCGAAACAGCGGCGCCUCAACACUCAGGGGCGGCACUUGCACAACGCUGGCCUCGACGGGCAUGUCAUGUCGGCCAGUGAACCUUUCGUAGCGGUGAAUGAUGCUCUGCGGCCUCGCUCUUCUCACCUAGCGACUGUAGCCUCUCUGGUCUCGUCCCUCGAAGUCCUCAAGAACGGGAUCAGCUUUGUCCCACCUGUACCCACCAAAUCUUUCGUCAUCGGCUCUGCAGAUGCCAGGGUCGUUGAUGUCGAAGCGAUGUCUCGUCGGAUAAUGCAGCCUUCUGGCUUCGGCUGACGACUUGGUAUGAUGAUGUAUCUGGUCACCAAGGCAAUGUGUGUGUUGCGAAACUCGCUCAGACUCGAGACUGCUUCAUUGUAUGCACGGAUCAAAUCACUGUUUCCUCGCGACUCAUCCAGCCCGUUGACAUAGUCGCGGAUGUUGGCAAUGCUCUCGAUAUCGUCCAGAAAGCGCGCAUGGGGACCCGGCAUGUAUUGUCGCAUCUCGUCAUGGAAGCCGUUACAUCGGUCGUGGUUGAUCUGCAGUACCGCAUCGAAGAACUGGAGCAGGGAGCUCUGUCCAUUGCUUCCCCCGCGGUACUUUCUCCACGAUCCUUUCCCUUCGCCUUCAUCAUAGAAGACCCCAUUGGGCAGACCGGCCGUUUCCAUAUUCAUGCUCCCCGCCAGAAAGGGACGAAUGUGAUGGUAGAAGACCUGUGGAUGACAUCGAUCAUCCAUCCGCUCAAGCAGUUUGCCGAUAUCAGUCAUACUCUGUUUGAAGUACGUCAAACUUUCCACAAUGGUCGCAUUAUCCUUGCGCUCGACCGCUUCCAUGGCUGCCAGCAUGGCGUGAAUGAGUGGUCCUGCGCGCGCUUCCAUGGCAUUCGAGAUGAUGAGAAACCACGAUUCAUCAUCUGUCCCCGUUGCGGUAUGCAGCGCGAUCAGAUUACUCGGUUCCGUGAGAUCGAUGGCUCGCCCACUACAUUCGUUCAAUGGUCGCCAAUUCCAGAGGUUCAGCGCCGCGUAGGUCGCGAUGGGUGGGACUUGUAGAUGUUCUGCUGUCGCGAGAAAUGGGAUCGAAAUCUGUGGUGGGAGACGCUCCUCCGGCUCCGGUCCCGCCCAAAUGUACGCCUGCGCCACGACCGCCAGCAACGAAUACGCUCGCUGCCAUUCCGCUUCCGACGCGAGAUGUUCCGUCGAGAGAAUCGGAGUGCUGUCGU